AUGCUUGUUUCUACUCUAUCGUUUCCAUUUGCAUCACUGAUCCAUUUUCUGUCAUCCACUCCACGGAUCUAUUUUCUGCCCUCCACUUCACUGACCCAUUCGUUUUACUUCCGCUUCACCGAUCCAUUCUUUGAUAUCCGCUUCACUGAUCCAUUCUUUGAAUUCCGCUUUACUGAUCCAUUCUUUGAUUUCCGCUUUAUUGAUCCAUUCUUUGAUUUCUGCUUCACUGAUCCAUUCUCUGCCUUCCGUUUCACUGGUCCAUUCUUUGAUUUCCGCUUCACUGAUCCAUUCUCUGACUUCAGCUUCACUGAUCCAUUUUUUUACUUCCGCUUCACCUAUCUAUUCUCUGAAUUCCAUUUCAAAGAUACAUUGUCUGACAUUCGCUUCAAUGAUAUAGUGUCUGACAUCGGCAUCCCUGAUCCAUUGAUCCCUGAUGAGUCUAACUUCCGUAUCACUGAUCCCAUCCCUGACUUCCAUAAUAAAUGGUUUGCCUUCCGUUCCCCUGAUUCCUUCCCUGAUCUUCACUUCAUUGGUCCAUAUUUUGACUUCUGCUUCCCUGAUCCAUUCUCUGAUUAUUUCCUUUUCAAUGAUAAACUGAGUUCUUCAAUAAAAAAUUUAUCUUCCCUGAUACAUUCUUUGAUGUCCGCGUCACUGACUAUAUCUAUGACUUUCGCUUCCAUGAUAAAUCGUUUGCCUUCCGUUUCCCUAAUCCGAUCUCUGAUUUUCGCUUCCAUGAUAAAUCGAAUUAAAUUUUCGCAUCUCUCUCUCUCUCUCUCUCUCUCUCUCUCUCUCUCUCUAUCUAUCUAUCUAUCUAUCUAA